AUGGGGCCUGGAUCGGAUUUUCUAACGGAGUGCCCCACAAAUCAGAGAGACUACAAUGAAGUUAAAGAACGACUGACUCAGAGUUGCUUUGACACAGAAUGUAACCUGGAGUCCUCGUGGCAUUUUGAUAAGAUACAAAUGGUUCACAAUAAAGAUCUUGAAGAGGCAUUCGUUGCAAAGAGAACUCAGAUACGUGAACAAGGAAGAAUGGACAAAGAAUUCUCUGGGUUUUUAGUUGUGGUUAAAGAUGAAGUCCUGAAAAUCUGUCAGAGUGGCCUUCGUACUAGUAAUUCAAUCAAAAAAGAACUAGACAUUAUGAAGGAACUAGGAAAUCCUCAACUUGGUGUAUAUUUAUUCAGACAUGUUGAUAUAGCUUUGAAUUAUGCAUCCAAAUACUCUGUCCCAGUAGAAAAUAUCAUUAUUUUCAGAGUUCUUUUAGGAAAAGUGAAAAAAAUUCAGCCUCCAAAAAGCAAAAAGAAAAUUGCAUUGGAUCCAACGCCAAAAUUUGAUUGUCACAUAUCCAGAAUUCAUCCUUCACUCAAGGAUUCAAUAGAAGAUCAGGCCAUUGGAUCUUUAGUAUAUUUUUACGAAUACAGUGAACUUUCAAAACCUGUGGAUAAGCCUAGGCAGUGUCUUCCACAUGCAGUAGUGAAAGUGAAAUGUGUUAAUCAGAAAGUGAGAGCUGACUACCCUGUCGUUUCUUCAAAGUGUAGACCUAAAAGUUUCUCUAAGGAGACUCUGAAUUAUUCGGUCCAAGUAGACGGCACUCUUGUUACAGGAAGGGGCCAAGGCCUUCUACUGGAAAACUGUACAAUAGUCACAAGGAUAGGUAAUAGCGAGCUUAUCUAUGAGCAUUUCCACAAGUCCAAAAACUGCGCAGUAAAUGAUGAUGUCUCUGUAGAAGUUUCUUCUUUGUCUGGAAGUGCACACAACUGGAAUAACUCUGUACCUGAAACACCGGGAAGGAAAAUAAAACAUGAAUUACUUGGACAAAGGGAUUCAGCACAGAUAGAAGCAGAUGUAUUGAAUGUUCAGUGUGCACCUGGUGUGGAUUGUAGUAGAGAUGCCGGAAGUGACCACGUGGAAAGGUCUAGUAAGAAUCUGGAGGACACUUCAGUUCCAGAUCCGUUAGUUAAUUAUAGUGAAUUUAGCACCAUAAUUACUUCUAAAUCGAUUAAGGAUCCUAGGCUAACAAAAAAGGGGAAAAACCUAGGGGAGCAAAACGGAGAGCAAGUCUCCCAUGGGAUUUCUCUGUGUGAAAACAAGCUGAAAUACAAAACAGAAAUGAAGAUGUCUGCCACUUUAGGAAUACCCUGGCCCGCGUUUAACCAAGAGCAGCAUGUGGCAAAAACGCCAUGGAAAGAGAGGAUUUCAGGAGAGCAUCAGUCACCUUUAAAUAGAAAUGAUGAGCAUUUGAUGAACAAGGAGCAGGCCAUAGAUUCCCAGAACAUCGAAACAGAUCUUGCUGUCAAAACCAGUCGUAGUUCUUUAAACUCUGCACAUUGUGGGAUCAAAGAUGCCAACCAAGUCCUUGCAGAAAGAGAUGAAAAAGUAAAAUAUCCAAAACCAUUUCCUGUUCAAACAGGACAUAAAAUGUUAGACCAGAAUGAAAACCAUGUCAAUGCAAACAGUGUAGUUUCUAGCUACGUAAGCGACAGCACUUACACACAUAACAAAGAGCACUCUGUUCUUGCACCGCCUUUCCAGAUAAGUACGUGCAGCCCCGAUUUUGAAAGUGCCACAGCGGACAAAGACGAGAUGGAAAUGAAUAGCCAGCUACAAGAGGAUGAUGGUUACAGUUCGGAAGCGCACUGCUCCGCCAGUCUGGAUUCAGAGUGUUCCAGUAGCCAGCGUACACCAAAGGGAGAUGAUACAAAAAGGUCACAAGAGAAAAAAAAUGAAAAAUAUAAACUGGAUGAGAAAAAAUCCAGACUUUAUCACAGAAAGAAAGCACUGAACACUCGUUCAGCUGAAAUGGCGCUUCCGUUAUUUAAGGGGCAAUUUGAAACGUUUGAACAAUCUGAAAAGCACAUUAAGAAUGUUUUGCAUACUCUUAACACCGAGGCCUCAUCGUGCAAGAACAAGCACCUGUCUCGAAAAAUAAGUGGAGCGAUGUUUCACUUACAAAAAGCUCAGAGGAGUGUUCAGAAAUAUUUAAAAAUCUUGGCCAAGACUGGAAAGCAGAAAAGAAAUGACUCAUCAAAGUCACAUAAAAUCUUAUUGAACAUAACUAGUAGUGACUCCGAACUUAAAGAAGAAAUUGAACAAACCUCUCUUCAUUUUAUAAAGAAAAUGUCAGAGAUUUUGCAGAAGGCAGAUGAAACCUUGUGUUUAAACGUGUUGCGAGAACAAGUUACCAUUUGCCAAAAAAUCCUUCCUUUGUUCAUCAGAGCUUUUGAAGAAAAGCAGAACUGCUCCUUUGAACACGUCUUGGUGUUGAGGGAGAAUGCAGAAAAAAACAUAUGGGCUACAUUAAAACCAUGUGCCUUAGACUGUUUUCUCAACAUACAAAUUAUAACGGAAGUAGUUGAGUUUAUAAAGAAUAAGAGGAGGUACUUAGAAGGUAAGCGCACGGUUCGUAGCUUGCUUUGGUAUGAUGAUUCACUGUGUAAUGAGUUGUUUGGUGGACAGUCAGGUUAUCAACAACAGACUAAUUUCUAUCCAGCGUUUCAGAUGAGUUUAAAAUAUAAUGCUCUUAAUGAGCUACGAAGUCAUCACAAAAAAUUAUUAGACAAGUUUGAGAACACAAGAUUGGAAAAUAAAUCUUACUAUUGCUUAUUGAAAUUGAGACGCGAAAUUACUGAAUGUGAAGCAGCCAUGAAAACUAAUUCCCUUUUGUCUGAAUUUUUCCUUUCUGAACCAUAUAUUUGUGGAGCUAACUAUGGUGAUACAAUAGAAGAGCUAGAAAAUGCAAGAAAAGAUACGGUGGAUUUAAUAAACACAUGUAGAAAUCUGUCAGGCGUUCUUUUAAAUACUGAAAAAAUGGAGCAUUUGGGGAUUAUAAUGGAUAUUAUUUCUACAAAGAUAGACUUUAUAAGAACAUGUGAAGACGGGAAUAUAAAAUCUUCAUUCAUUGGGUUAGAGCAUAUAUUUUUUAAUGCUGCUGUAAGUUGUGUUUGGAAAGAAAGAUCGACAUUUAUGAAUGGAGAUUUUAAAAAUGGGGAAGGACAGUUGCUCAGGAUAUAUGAAGCUGCCCUUCCUAAACUAUAUGAAAUUUAUGAGAAAAACUCUAAUUGUGCUUCUGAAAAAUACAUCCUGAGAAAAUGUGCAGAAGAACCCUGCAAUUAUGAAAAGGCAGCUGUGAAAGGAGAGGCAAAUGAUGACAUCGGACAUUAUUUGAUUUCAUAUCCAGAUAUUUGUAUUGGAGAAAUAUUGGAUGAGGCACAAUCUGUAAAUCUUGACAAGCUAAAGGAGCACCUCUGCAGAUGUACAGAACAUCUGGAAGUCCUGAAAAAGUAUUUUCAGAUUAUACAGGAAGAGGAUGUCGAUCAAGUGUUGAUCACAAAAGAAAACGCACUGCGUUUCAUGAACAGCCCCAGUGUAAGGGCCAUCCGUUUAAAACCUGAAGCUGUUGAGGUUUACACAGACUUGGCAAUGUUGUAUGAGACCAUCAAUUUCCUUCAAAAUUCAAUAGCAAGGAAAGAAGAUAAACCACAAUUUCGAAGUCUUUUAUGGUUUGAUUUAUCCCUUUUGAACGAGCUUUUGCAGUGCCAGAUAAACAUGGCUUCGUUUUGUUACCGGAAAGGUAACCUCUUAGAAAUGAUCGAGUCUGCCAUCUCUGACCUUCAAGAUGAGUUGAAUGUUGUCUAUGACUAUGCAGAAAGCUUAAACUGCUCCUAUGCACUUCAGCUUCUUACAAGAGAGCAUGCAGAGCUUUUACAGAUAAGAGAGCACCUAGAAACAUCUGCGUCCUCCAUCUGCAUGUGUGUCGACUUGGUACCAUAUACCAUUGCUGUAAAUUACGGGAGCAAUUUAACUGAACUGGAAUACAACUAUGAACAGUUUAAUUCAUUCUUUGAAAAAUUGAUGUUAGCAGACAGGAAGGAUUUAGGGAAAAUGGCUCACGUUAUGAAAAUAUUGAGAACUAUUGAGCAUAUGAAAUUCAUCUGUACUGAACAGCCAAAGCCGCCUCUUCAUCUGGUCAUAUGUCAAAUGCUUAAAAACUGGAAAAAAUCUCGUCAGUUGAAAAAACAAGGCAGUGUGAAAACACGUACGGAUGAGAAUGGAUGUAACAGCUCGAACCACAAGCGGCCCGCUUGUAUAACUUCAGAAGAUAAUUCUUAUGACCAGGAAGAGAACAAUCCUUCAGGUAGUAAAAAGAAAAAGACGUUGAACAAUCAAAAAACCCAAACUGGCCUAAAAGACUUCAACGAGAACAGGAAGAGUUGUUCAAAAGGAAACCAGCAGGAAUGCUUUGCCGUCUGUGAGGCGGGAGGCGAAGGUGCACCUUCAGAAAAAGAGCCGUCCCCACAAGCAUCCCGCAAGGACUCCCCGUCUUCAGGACCAAGUGGUGACCCUUCUCUGUUAGACACACUAAAUCAGCUGCACUGUGGCCUGAAAGGAAGCGUGACAGGAGAUGCGUCAGGUUGGAUCCCUCAGUGUGACACGGCCACGCCUCUGGAGCUCGGCAGAAAUGAGGACCUGCAUGGAAACAGACCUGUGCCCGGCUGUGCAGCAGCCUGUAACGCAGCCUCCUCAGCAAGCCCCGAAAUAAAUACAUUCAGGGAACUGGAGUCUUUGUGUCCAGAUCCAUUUUCCACUGCAAAUGCCCAAACAUCUGCGGAAUGUGCUGCUUUUUACCAAAAUGAACGUGUAGAGGAAACGCCUCGUGUUCAUAGUUAUUCUGUGCACACUUACAGGACAUUCUGUCCCUCCUACUCUUGGGACGUCUAUCAGACCGGCAGCCAUUGCCACCAAGUUACUCAGACAUACCAGGAGUUCCGUUCUUACGAAAUGCAGCCCCUGAAUCCGACCGUGCUCACAGCCACCAGCGUGGUGUAUAACACACAGUCCAGUGUGUUUUAUUCACAGUCGUCUUGUCAUUUUGGGGUUGGGGAAUCACAAAGCUUUAACUCUGCCCAGACCUAUCCAGCGUAUGGCUAUUUCAGCGCUACAGAACACUUUCCGUACAGCUGCCAGCCAUGGCCGCCGUGGUACGCAGAAAGGCAUCGUCCAACACAAGCUGCUUUUCAGCGUUCUUCCAGUCCUGGCUUGUGA